AUGAGCAGUCGAAAGAUUCUACAGCUACUGAUCCAGCCAUCGAGCAAGCUCAGCUAUGGAAGAGCAACACAAGAGAGAAGCUGGAUGGGCAGACCCAUGUAUUUCCAAACAGCAAGCCGCUUAUUCAAGGAAGAAAGAAGCAAACCUGUCAGAGGAGGAGGAGGUCUAGGCAUGCCGUCCACCAACUCGGGAGCAGCAGCAACAGCGCCAGGGGGAAAGAGACCAAGCAAAGGCCUGGCCAAGACGAACUGGAGUCGUCCUUUACAGAAAAAGAACACAACUGCCACCGCCACCACAGUAGAUGGUAAACGAGUAGCACCCAAGAGAGAUUGGAGCAAACCCAUCGACCUUCACAGCGAAAAGCAUGCAGGAGAGACUUACAAAAUGCAUGAACGUCAUGUCAACAAGUUCUCGAAGCCACCACUCAAGAAAGCAGAGACUCAAGCACAAAAGAGAGAGCGAAAGAAGCGAGAGGAGGAAUUGACAGCCUUAGCAAAGGAAGAGGAAAAGGAGCGUCAACAAAUUGCAUUGAGGAAAGCCAAGCAGAAGGCCAAGGAGAAGGAAGAACAAAUGAACCAAAUGAAAGAUGUCUACAUCCCCGAGAUCAUCAAUGUUGCCAACCUGUCAAAGGUGCUGGGUAUCCGAAUUGAGCAAUUGAUUAGAACCAUGGAUGAACUAGAGAUGGGAAAUACCUCGCAUGAUAGAAUGCUCAGUGCUGAUGAGUCCAGUCUUAUUGCCAUGCAGUUGGACAUGAAUCCUAUCGUCGACUCAAGGCAAUCCAUUGACCUAUUUCCCAGAUCAACGCCCGUUGAUCCCAGCUUGUUGGUGGACCGGCCCCCAAUUGUUACAAUUAUGGGACAUGUCGAUCAUGGCAAAACCACAUUAUUAGAUACACUGCGUAAGACAUCUGUUGCAGCUGGCGAAGCAGGCGGCAUUACUCAGCACAUUGGUGCUUUUUCUGUUAAAUUACCCUCGCAAAAAACAAUUACCUUUUUAGACACACCGGGACACGCAGCGUUCUCAUCUAUGCGUCAACGAGGCGCCCAGGUUACUGACAUAGUGGUACUGGUUGUGGCAGCCGAUGAUGGAGUAAUGCCUCAAACACAAGAGGCAAUUCAGCAUGCGCAUGCAGCUAAUGUACCUAUUGUCGUUGCUAUUAAUAAGUGCGAUAAACCCGGUGUCGAUACCUCUCGAGUGAAACAGGAACUAGCGCGUUACAAUGUUCAUUUGGAGGAGAUUGGUGGUGAUGUGCCUUGCGUGGAGGUUUCAGGUCUUACUGGCAAAAAUCUAGAUCAGCUGGAGGAGACCAUUGUUACAUUGUCAGAGAUCCUGGAGUUGAAAGCUGAUAGAACGCCUGGUGCAGCAGAGGGUGUUGUCAUUGAAUCCCAAAUUGAAAAAGGCAGAGGUAACGUUGCAACCAUUCUUGUCCAACAAGGCACAUUAAAGGCAGGCUCCGUUGUUGUUGCUGGUCAGACCUGGUGCAAAGUGAGAUCAAUGACAGAUUAUCAAGGCAAACCGGUCAAAGAAGCUACUCCAGGCAUGCCUGUAAAAGUAAUCGGUUGGAAGGAUGUUCCUAGCGCCGGCGACGAAAUGCUCACUGCGACGGAUGAGAACUUAGCCAAAACUGUUGUGGAUAAUCGUGUUGCACGACAUCAAAGGGAGCAGCAACUCCGUGAUUUGCAAGUUAUCAAUGAUAAGCGUAGACAUCAACGAGAGCAAUUGGAGCAAGAAAGGAUGGCUGAAAAGGCAUACAAGAAGGAAAUGUACAUGUAUCAAAGGGGCCUCAGUGAAGUGCUGCCAGAGUCGCUUGGAAAGAGACUGAGUGCUAUACAAGCCAGCCUCAAGGAAGAAAAUAAGGAGGAAGAUGCGCAGAAGGAUAUGCUGGAACUUCGUGCCGUCGUCAAAGGUGAUGUGAGUGGUACAGUGGAAGCAGUUGUUGAUUGUCUCGCAGGACUGCAAAACAAACAGAUCAGAGUCAAGGUCAUUCACAGCAGCGUAGGCAACAUUUCGGAAAGCGAUGUUCAAUUAGCCGCUGCUUGUGAUGGCCAAGUUAUAGGAUUCAAUGUGAAAGCAGAUAAACGCAUUCAAGCCGAGGCAGCCAAAAUCGGAGUCCCUGUGAAAUCAUAUUCUAUCAUCUACAAACUCUUGGAAGAAGUAAAAGAUCAGCUUAGCGACAUGUUGCCACCCAUCCUCUCAACACAGGUUACAGGAGAGGCAGCAUUAUUACAGGUUUUUGAUAUCAAUACCAAGGGAAGAGAGACAAAACCAGUUGCCGGAUGUCGUGUUACAAACGGUGUUAUCCAUAAAAAUAGUAGAGUGAGAAUAGUACGUAAUAAAGAGACUAUUUGGGAAGGUGAACUCAAUGCCCUUCGCCAGGUCAAGAAAGACAUCCAGGAAGCCAAGAAAGGCUUAGAAUGUGGUAUGUCAUUUGAAGGGUUCAAUGACUUCCAACCUGGAGACAUCAUCCAGAGUGUACAGACGAUCGAAACCAAGCAAAAAUUAUAA